CUUAUUAUCUCAAUUCAUUCGUCCACAAUUUUUCCUCCCUACCUAGUUUAGCUCCUUUUCUCGGGAGUUCCUUCGAAAAAAAACUGAUAAAAGCAGACCUAAAGAUCUUUCCGUUUGUAGGAAGUUUGCUCAGUUUUUUUCUCCUAGGGUUUUGGAGGUCUCUAUUGUGUAUCGCGACGCUUUGGAGAUUAUUUUCAUGAAUUUGUAGGGUCUGGGAGCCCGUUUUCUUAAGGGUUUUGGAGAUCAUUUUUCUCAGUAACGAGGGUUUAGGAUAAUAUUUUUAAUUUUUAGGUUAACAAAAUGAUGCAGCCAACUCAAGGAAUGGUCCCUCCUCCUCCUCCUCCAAUGGCGGGUCCUGCUAUCGAUCCCCAGCAGCAGCAAUGGAUGAUGAUGCAGCCACAGCUACAGCCGCAGCCACAGCUACAGCCGCAGCCACAAGCCGCAGGGGUUUGGCCUCCGCAGCCCCCGGUACAGCCACAGCCACAGCCUCAGCAAUACACCCAGCAGUACCCUCAGCAGUACCCACCUCAGCAGCCACCUCAGCAGAUGCUACACCAGCCUACAUCUGCCGAGGACAUAAGAACUCUCUGGGUCGGAGAUUUGCAGUUUUGGAUGGAUGAAAAUUAUCUGCACAGCUGCUUCGCUAUCACGCAAGAGGUUGCUUCUGUUAAGAUUAUCCGCAACAAACAGACCGGACAAUCAGAAGGCUAUGGUUUUGUGGAGUUUGUAAGCCAUGCUGCUGCUGAGAGGGUUCUGCAGUCGUACAAUGGUAUUCAGAUGCCUAAUACUGAACAACUUUUCAGGCUAAAUUGGGCAUCAUUUGGUAUCGGAGAAAAACGUCCUGAUGUGGGACCUGACUAUCCCAUAUUCGUGGGAGAUCUGGCAGCUGAUGUCACGGACUACUUGCUGCAAGAAACUUUUCGUUCCCGAUACUCAACUGUAAGAGGGGCUAAGGUUGUAACUGAUAGGCUCACAGGUCGCCCAAAAGGAUAUGGGUUUGUGAGAUUUGGAGAUGAGAAUGAACAGAUUCGAGCAAUGACAGAAAUGAAUGGAGUAUAUUGUUCAACUAGGGCCAUGCGCAUAGGUCCUGCUACGACAAAGAAGGCUACUACUGCUGCUCAUCAGCAGUACCCAGCAAAAGCUCCUCAAGUACCCCCCCCUCAAAUAGCUUCUGAUAAUGAUCCCAACAAUACAACUAUAUUUGUUGGUGGAUUAGAUCCAUCUGUUACAGAUGAAGCUUUGAAACACUUAUUUGCUCAAUAUGGGGAAGUUAUACACGUGAAAAUACCUAUGGGCAAACGUUGUGGAUUUGUUCAGUUUAGUAGUAGAGCCUGUGCAGAGGAGGCUAUGGUAAUGCUUCAUGGUACUGUACUUGGGCAACAAUCAAUUCGUCUUUCAUGGGGUCGGAGUCCUGCUAAUAAGCAGUCUGCAGGUUGGGGCCAACCUCAACAACCAGAUCCAAAUCAGUGGAAUGGUGCUUAUUAUGGAUACGGGCAAGGGUAUGAUUCUGGCUAUGGUUAUGCUCAACAACCACAAGACCCAAAUGUGUAUGGUUAUGGAUCCUAUGCAUAUGGAAACUAUCAGCAGCAAGUAAAUUAGUUCUGGAGCUUUGCUUUAUGUUGAAUGCAUUCUAAUGCCUGGUAUUGAGCAUUACUUUAUGCUAAAGCCACAUUGUCUCUUCUUGUAGCUUCUGACUAUACUACAAUAUUUGAUAGUGUUAUAUAGAGAUUUAGGAUUCUUGUAUUGCA